GAUAACAAAAGAAAAUAAAACUAAAAAUAAAAAAGUUCGAUUUUACCAAAAUAAAACCAAAAACCAAUCUGCAUCACUAUCUCUCAAUUAACAAUAAUAAUAAUAAUAGAAUAAAGAAGUAGCUCUUGGAUCCAGAACUUCUGCUUUUCUUUCUAUAAACAAAACAUGGGAUUCCCCCCUCUACAAUCCCAAAACAGAUCAACAGCUCUCUUCUCUCAGCAAUGCCUGCUACUCUAAGGAAUCUCUUACUUUCACCUAAUAUCUUCUCCUUCACCUUAUUCUUAGCAAUAAACAUUCUUUUCUUUUCAUCUUGUUACUCCAUUGAUGAACAAGGACAAGCUCUUCUAACAUGGAAGAACAGUUUGGUCAGCUCCACAGAUGCACUGAAGUCAUGGAAUCCUUCCGACUCAACCGCAUGCAAAUGGUAUGGGAUUCACUGCAACUCGAAUGGAGAGGUGGUCGAGAUAAGCUUGAAGUCAAUAGCUAUGCAAGGCUCACUGCCUUCAAAUUUUCAAUCUCUCAAGUCCUUGAAGACCAUUAUCCUGUCUUCAACCAACCUCACUGGAACAAUUCCAAAAGAAUUUGGAGAUUAUAAUGAGCUCACUUUCAUUGAUGUUAGUGACAAUUCACUAACCGGCGAAAUUCCAGAGGAGCUAUGCAGGCUAAGCAAGUUGCAAACUUUGUCCCUCAAUACAAACUUUCUUGAAGGAGAAAUUCCAGCAGGCAUUGGAAACCUUUCGAGUCUCGAGUAUCUUACCCUGUAUGACAAUCAACUCAGUGGUGAGAUUCCAAAGAGUAUUGGAGCACUGAGCAAGCUGCAAACUUUUAGAGCAGGAGGGAACAAGAAUCUUAAAGGUGAGCUGCCAAGUGAGAUUGGAAACUGCACCAAUUUGGUCAUGUUAGGCCUUGCUGCAACCAGCAUUUCUGGUAGCCUACCUUCAUCUAUUGGAAUGCUGAAAAAAAUUCGAACCAUAGCCUUGUACACUUCUCUGCUGUCCGGUCCUAUCCCUGAAGAGAUUGGAAACUGCAGUGAGUUGCAGAACCUUUUCUUGUAUCAGAAUUCGAUCUCAGGUCCAAUUCCAAGAACAAUUGGGGAGCUCAGCAAGCUUCAGAGUCUACUUCUGUGGCAGAACAGCUUGGUUGGUACUAUUCCAGAUGAGCUUGGAAGCUGCAGAGAGCUCGAAAUGAUGGACUUAUCAGAAAAUCUUCUGACAGGAAGCAUACCAAAAAGUUUUGGCAAGCUUUCCAAUCUUCAAGAGCUUCAGCUGAGUGUCAAUCAAUUAUCAGGUACUAUACCUCCUGAAAUCUCAAACUGUACUGCUCUGGCUCAUCUUGAAGUGGACAACAACGAAAUUUCGGGUGAGAUUCCUACCCUUCUUGGAAACCUGAAGAGCUUAACUAUAUUCUUUGCCUGGCAAAAUAAGUUAACGGGCAGCAUUCCCGAGAGUCUCUCUGACUGUGAAGAACUUCAGGCUCUUGAUCUGUCAUACAACAAUCUUAUCGGUGCAAUACCAAAACAGAUUUUCGGGUUGAGGAAUCUCACAAAGCUGCUUCUACUUUCCAAUGAUUUAUCUGGUUUUAUACCGCCUGAUAUAGGCAACUGUACUAAUCUGUACAGGUUGAGAUUGAAUCACAACAGGUUAGGAGGUACUAUUCCAUCGGAGAUUGGCGAGUUGAAGAGCUUGAAUUUCGUUGAUAUGAGCAACAAUCAUCUUGUUGGAGGAAUUCCUCCAUCAAUAUCUGGCUGUGAGAACCUCGAGUUUCUUGAUCUUCAUUCAAAUGGUCUAACUGGUUCUGUUCCUGAUACUAUGCCAGGAAGCCUGCAGUUUGUGGAUAUCUCAGACAACAGGCUUUCGGGUCAACUGACUCACGGCAUUGGAUCAUUAACAGAGUUAACAAAGCUCAAUCUUGGAAAAAAUCAAAUUUCAGGAAGAAUCCCAGCUGAGAUCCUUUCUUGCAAAAAGCUUCAAUUGCUAGACCUCAGCAGCAAUGGUUUCUCAGAUGAAAUUCCCAAGGAGCUUGGUCAACUCCCUUCACUUGAAAUCUCUCUCAACCUAAGCUGCAACCAACUUUCGGGUAAAAUCCCAUCAGAAUUUUCUGGUCUUAGCAAGCUUGGAGUCCUUGACCUCUCCCACAACAAGCUCUCUGGGGAUUUAAAUACUCUCACAGACCUUCAAAACCUUGUCUCUCUCAAUGUCUCCUUCAACGACUUCUCUGGUGUAUUACCAAACACCCCGUUCUUUCGAAAACUACCUCUCAGUGACCUUGCUGCAAACAGAGGCCUCUAUAUCUCUGGCGCUGGUGUUGCAACUCCAACGGAUAGCAUUGGAGGUUCCGGCCGCAGAGCAGCCAUGAAGCUAAUGACGUCCGUCCUCAUUAGUGGCAGUGCGAUUUUACUCCUGCUUGCAGCAUACAUGCUGGUGAAAAGCCAUAUGGCUAACAGCAAGCUCAUGGAAGAUCAAAGUUGGGAAAUGACUUUGUAUCAGAAGCUCGAAUUCUCAAUUGAUGAUGUUGUCAAGAAUCUAACAUCAGCAAAUGUGAUUGGCACUGGAAGCUCCGGAGUUGUCUACAGAGUGACAAUUCCAAAUGGGGUAACACUGGCAGUAAAGAAAAUGUGGUCUUCAGAAGAAUCGGGAGCAUUUGCUUCUGAAAUCCGGACACUUGGUUUGAUACGACACAAGAACAUAAUCAGGCUCUUGGGAUGGGGAUCCAACAGGAAUUUGAAACUACUGUUCUAUGAUUACCUACCAAAUGGAAGCUUGAGCUCUCUGCUACAUGGUGCUGGGAAAGGAGGGGCAGAGUGGGAAGCUAGAUAUGAUAUUGUUUUGGGAGUUGCUCAUGCUCUUGCAUAUUUGCACCAUGACUGUGUUCCUGCUAUUAUGCAUGGCGAUGUGAAAGCCAUGAAUGUCUUAUUGGGUCCUAAACAAGAGGCUUAUCUUGCUGAUUUUGGGUUAGCAAGGAUUGUGAAUUCCAAUAGCGAUGAAGAUGAUUUUUCCAAACCAAGUCCAAGACCUCAGCUUGCUGGUUCUUAUGGAUACAUGGCUCCAGAACAUGCUUCAAUGCAGAGGAUCACAGAGAAAAGUGAUGUAUACAGUUUUGGAGUAGUUCUUUUAGAGGUAUUAACAGGAAGGCAUCCAUUGGACCCAACUUUGCCUGGUGGUGCACAUUUGGUUCAAUGGGUUCGUGACCAUUUGGCAAGCAAGAAAGACCCAACUGACAUUCUUGAUUCAAAGCUGAGAGGGAGAGCUGACCCAACAAUGCAUGAAAUGCUUCAAACACUGGCUGUUUCAUUCCUCUGUGUGAGCUCCAAAGCUGAUGAUCGUCCAACAAUGAAAGACAUUGUUGCAAUGCUAAAGGAGAUUAGGCAUGUGGUCCCCAUAAGACCAGAAGUUGAUGUGUCAAAAGGAGGAGGAGGGUUAUCAGCAAUUCAGUCAUGUCCUCAAGCUAGGAAGGUAGAUUUACAAGGAUCUUCUAACUGCUCUUUUGAUUUCCCUGAUGAUUCCAUGUCAUCCUGAAAGAAAGAAGGAUCUCAGAAGUGAGAGGCUAUAUUGUUCCAUCAUAUUUGUGUAUAUUCAUUGGAAAAAUCCACUAGAGCAGAGGAGAAUAUUAAAGGAGAAAAUUGUAGGUUGAUUUUCUUGUUUUUAUCUUUUUGAUUUUCAAUUGUAAUUUCAGUUUAUGUGGUUGUAGAUUUUGAAAUAAUUAAUCUAUUUAGUAUAGAUGAUGUAUAAUUUAAGAAGACAGCUUUAUGAGGGUAUUGAAUUUUAGGAGUUGGAAGUAACACUUUAAUGGUACCUCCACUAGAAUAGGGGGGCUAUCUUGGGAACAGUGAUGGCCUUGACUGUCUUUAGGAGGUGAGAGAAACCCAAGGGGAAUGUACAAGUUAAGAACAAUGAUUGGUACUUCUGGAUUUAUGUAAUUAGACUUAUUGAAAGGAAAUGGGAUUCCUUCA